CACUAGAAAUAAAACUCAAUCACAUUUCCAGUAUCAUAUAUAUACAGUGUUAUUUUCAGGCAUAUUGUCAUGCAACUGUGAUCUGUGUUUUAGUGUUAUCAAAGAUGAAAGUGACGACUCCCGAGAUUUCUUGGCAUGAGCGGGACCCAAUUUACAGUGUUGACAUCCAGCCUGGUAGUCGCUCUGUUCGACGUUUGGUCUCUGGAGGCGUUGAUAAAUUUGUGAGGAUUUGGCAAAUCAAAGAAGAUAUAGAUGGAAAGGCAUGUGUAGAUUUCCUUGCCAACUUAAAAAGACACACAAAGGCAGUCAAUGUUUGCAGAUUUUCACCAGAUGGUGAAGUUCUGGCCACUGCUGGAGAUGAUAGCGUGAUUAUCUUCUGGAAGUUGAGCGAGACAGAGGCACCCUCGGUGAACAUAUUUCAGGAGGAUGAGGAAGACAAUAAGGAAAACUGGUGUAUGCUUAAAAUACUCAGGGGUCAUUUGGAGGAUAUCUACGAUGUUAGCUGGUCAGCGGAUGGCAAAUUCAUGAUCUCAGGCUCGGUGGACAAUAGUGCUAUACUCUGGGACCUUACUAAAGAUCAGAAAAUAUGCCUGAUUAAUGAACACAACAGUUUUGUACAGGGAGUAGCAUGGGACCCCAGAAAUGAGUUUGUGGCAACACUAAGUCCAGAUAGAUCCUGUAGAGUGUACAACAUUGCCACCAGAAAUUGUGUUCACAACAUCAAGAAAAUGAGCCUGCCUGCAAGCCAUACUGUUAAACCUUCGUCAGAAAAUGAUGAAGAAAACAAGGAAAGCAAACCCAAAACUUUCCGCAUGUUUCACGACGACACAAUGCGUUCGUUUUUCCGUCGCCUCACUUUCAGUCCGGACGGAGAGCUGCUGAUAAUACCAGCAGGCCUGGUAGAAACAGAUCCUGUCACAAAUGCCACGUUUGUGUUCACCAGGGCUUGUCUGAACAAACCAGCUCUAUACCUGCCCAGCCCUGACAAAGUGACCAUCGCAGUGCGCUGCUGUCCACAGAAGUUUCAACUCCGGAAAAUACCAAAAAAUCUGCACAUUGAACAAGAUCAAGAAAACAACAACAUGAAAGAAUGGGAAAAAUACUCCACACUGUUCUGUUUGCCUUACCGGAUGGUGUUUGCUGUUGCGACAGAGGAUUCCAUACAACUGUACGAUACCCAGCAGCCUCAGCCCUUCGGCUACGUCACCAACAUACACUACCACCAACUCUCAGACCUUGCAUGGUCAUCAAAUGGUUGUACGCUGGUAGCCUCUUCAACAGACGGCUACUGUACACUGGUCACUUUUUCCCCCGGUGAACUAGGUGAUCCGUUCAUAGAGGAGGGAAAACUGGAGGCAAAGAACAGCUGUGAUAACCAGAACAUUGCCAUGGAUACAGAGACUACCAGUGACAGUUUAAAUCUUCACCUGGAGAACUCCACAGACAGCAAUAACUCAGGGGAGAAAACAGGGACCAAACACCCCUCCCCUCCCAAGCCUGCACCAGUGCCAAUGAUGAUGAAAGUCAAAUCGGCCGAUGGAAAACCCAGAAACAUUCAAAUAACUACUUUAAGCUCUGUGCCAUCUUCUAGCGGUGAUGCAGCUAGUGAACCACAAAUCAAAGUGAGGUCGGCUGAUGGUAAACCCAAGAACGUUCAAUUUACAACUCUGGCAACCUUCACAAGCCCGAAGAAUAAACAGCCAAUGUCUCCUUCAUCUGCCACCUCAAAGAUUUUAAAAGAAAAGACAAGAAAUAAUUCUGGUAGUGAGUGUGUUGUUAUUGAGGAUUCAAAUUCUCCUAUAAAAUUGUCUACGCUGGAAAGCACUCCCAAGUCUGCAUCUAUAUCAAACAAGACUGGUGUAACUCCGAAAUCAGGGGACACUCCAAAAUCAACACCCAAAAGAGUCCAGUUAACAACUAUAAAGCUGUUUGACUCUAGUCCAGUGGCUAAACCAUCAACUUCAGAACAAUCUUAAGUUGUUGUUUCUUGUCGGUGUUGUUUAUAUAUCAAACUGUUGUAUUUAAUAUUUUUAAAUUAUGAGUGCUAUUUUGUAUUCUGUACAACUCUGAAAGAAAAAAUUAGAUCACUUUUCUAUGAACAGUUUUUUUUAUGGAAGACAGAUGUCUAGAAUCAGUGCAAUAUUUUAUACACAACUUAGAACUUUUGUGCUACCUCGAUCAUUCAGCAUAUUCUCUUGUUACGGGGUACGCUUAACUCUGCUUUCUGACGAGCUAUUUUGCUAUCUCUGUCCAGUCAGCAUAUUCUCUUGUUAUACCCCAACUUCACAAGCCUUACUGAUGGUAUUGGUGUAUGUUGGGUCCAUAUCAUUGUCAUUUAGGUUGAGUUUUGAAAUAAAUAGUCUAUUAGUGCCUACCAUAAGAUGAUGACUCACGCCUGGCUUAACAGGUUUACAAUAUAAUUGCAUGAUGUAGUGUUGUGUGAAAUCUUUCUGUGGAAAAAUGAACUUGUUAAAAUAACACUGUUAAAUGUGAUGUGAAUAUUAAUGAAAUAUGUAACAACGUAAUUAUUUUGAAUAAAGAAUA